AUGGGUGACGCCAUCAUCGCUGAAACUCAUUGCGGUGACAAAGAGAUAUUGCGACCAUGUUUUCUCGAUGCGCCUAGUAAGCUUCCGGAAGGCUACAUCACUCAAUGCUUGCUGGAUGCUGGUUGCGGUACCGGUCACGCCAGCAUGGAGGACUUGUGGAUCACCGUUGCUUGUCUUCGAACAUUCGGCAACGACUGGAUCCAUCUUGAACAUCCCGACGAUCAUGACGCAGAGUCGGAACUGGGCUACGAUGAUCUGAAGCUCAAGCGGGAAGAUAUCCUUGCUAGUGAGUACUGA